GCUAACUCACCAUCAGACGGCUGUUCACACAGGAGACAUGGGACCGUGGAGUCACCGAGGGGGGGGAAACUCUUCUCCACAACAACUCUAACCGACCCGAGGAGCUCAUAUCCCGCUGAACAUCCUUUAAUGGACGCUCUCCUUCUUCCACUGUGUUUCUAAUUCCCACCAGGACCACCGGAAGACACGCAACUUAAAUGACAACUGAAGUUAUCCGUUCAUUUUUGAUACCUAGGGCAAAGUGCCACACCUUCGCUUAGCGCAACAGCUCCACGACACAGCUGGCCAAAUGGGGUGCCAAUGCUGCAGGAUGAUAAAAAGCUACAUCUACGACCCCUCUGUGGCGGGAGAUGUGAGGAAGUCUGACUCUGCGGGCAGCUCGCUCUACCAUCCCCACCACCUCUCAGGCGGGGCCCUCAGCGGUGACCCGCUCGGCAGCCCCAACAAGCAGAAACAGGGCUUCAACAACCUGGGCUACAGCAAGUCCAACGACAGCACGCUCAAGCUAGAGGUGGACAACAACCAUGUCAACCACAGGCUGCACGCCGCACCUUCACCUGCGACGGAGCUGCACAGGCAGGCGAGCGCGCCACCUGCAGAUGGAGGUCUGUACAUCAUCCAGCCGCAAGCUCUGGGGCCGAGAUGGGUGAGUCAGGUUCCCGUUUACCCAGACAUACAGGACUACGAGAACCAGAGGAGCUACGGCGAGCGGGUACGCGGUGUGACGAGGAACGAGUGGGACAGCUCCAUCACAGAGUGUGCGAUCGGCAGUGAAAGCCUGUCAGCAGACGAGGUGGACGAGGGCGUGGGAGGGACGCCGGAGUACCCGUGUGAUACGGGGGACGAGGGUAGCAUCCUGUCAGUGGACAUCCACACCAGCACCACCAGCCUGUCGUCAGUCGACACCAGGGAGGAGCUCAGACUGCCAAAGACUCCGGACGUUUCCACCGUAGAGAGUGGGAUCUCUGUGACAAAGAGUGACGACGACGAGGUGGAGGCAAGGAACCAGGAGGAGGAGGUGCAGAGCGUUACGGACUCGAUGGUGGCGGAGGCUCUCGCUGCUUUGGAGGCCGCCACCGCCGGCGAGGAAUUUGAGUAACGGACCUCUGCGUUGUCUCUCAGUUAUCACCAGAGAAACUCUUGAUAGAGCCUUCAUGAAACUUUGUUGUGUUUUCAUCAAAGAACAUGAAGCGAAUGAAGGAAAACUGUUUACAAAAAGAUUUAUUUUUGAACUCAAAAUCUUGGAUAUUUUUUUAUUCUGUUCACACUGACAGAAGAUAACGUGUGAAGUUUUCCAAUGCCACAAAUUGAAAAGAUGUGUGAAUAUCGCCUGCAGCCAUAUCAGCCUGUUAUGAAUCCAGCGUAUUUAACACUCCACAGUCCUCAUAAGCCUGUGUGUGCUCACUCACUGCUCUGCCAUGUCCAUACUGCCCAUGUAUAGUCACUUUUAUCAUAUUAGCCUCAUUUUGGAGCAUAGCUAUGCUACAGCGGGAUUUAUAUUUGUGCGGCAGGCCCUACGCCUAGCCUACGCAAGUAGCCUACACUGUUGUGAGCAUUUAUACUUGUGCGGUGGUGGUGUCUGUGUCACUCUGCAGUUAUACCUUCACAACGCUAGUUGGCAGUGGAGGUUUCUGUGAAGAGCUGUAAAGUUUAGUUGAUUCAAAACACACAUUAAACACACAUUAAACAUGGCUUAAUAGAGACAGUUUCAAACACAAGUACACAAAUCAGCUUCACUAUAACUCACAGCAUUCACAGACAAACACUUGUCUUUAUCUGGACACAUUUUCCCCACAAAUACAACAUGCAAAUGUUAUUAGCACAAGCCUAUGGCAUUUUACAUUGUAUAAAUUAACCUAGCAGCUAGCAGACUUUUCCUCUACUCAUAUGAAGCCAGGGACAACAGCAACAUUUAACAAAGGUAACGUUACAAAAUUUGGCUCCAUUACAGCUCACAAGGUUCACUGACAAAACAACUGUCUUAUACGAAACACGUUUUCCAAACAAAUAUAACAUGCUAACGUUAUUAGCACAAGCCUAUGGCAUUUUAUAUUGUAUAAAUUAGCCUAGCAGCUAGCAGACUUUUCCCCUACUCAUAUGAAGCUAGGGACAACAGCAACAUUUAACAAAGGUAACAUUACAAAAGUUGGCUCCAUUACAACUCACAAGGUUCACCGACAAACAACUGUCUUAUACUAAACAUGUUUUCCAAACAAAUACAACAUGCUAACGUUAUUAGCACAAGCCUAUGGAAAUUUACAUUGUAUAAAUUAGCCUAGCGACUAGCAGAGAUUUCCUCUGCUCAUAUGAAGCCAGGAUAAAUCACACACAAGACUUAAAAUGCUAUUUUUGUGGAGGCUUUAUGUGUCUUCACAAUAACGUAUAAGUAUAAAUCCCUCUUAACUGCUAGCAUAGAGUUAAUAGGCUCGUUCGAGAUUAACUGAAAAUUGGAUGAGAUCAGGCGGCGGCUGACAUUUGCCGUCACAGAAACACUCACAUCCUGUUAGAUAUGAGUCCAAUUAAUUAAACAUGUUAUCAGAGCCAUAUAUCAGUUUAGAUUAAUGUAUUUAGUGACUACUAAACGUCACCAUCAGUCACACAACAUGACCUUUAAAUCAGACAAACCAAAAUCUCCCCAAUUCAACAACAAUAAAAAGUUUAUAUAUAUAUAACACCAUGUUGCUGAGUCAAUAUUUAAACCAAUCAGCUGUUAGAUCAGGUGAGAACGAGACGUUUCCCAUCAUGCCGCCUCUCACGACAAUAUCCUUGUCCACUUUUGCAUGUGAUCGCCGGUGUUCAAUCUCGAACGAGCCUAAUGUUUGUGAACAGUCCUUGCCAUAGCUUGCUGUCUCUUCAGGAAUCUCGCCCUCGUUCCAGCGAGCCGGCGACAGAGGAAAGGUCAUCCCAUAUUCUGUUUUUAUAUCUGUGUUUUUGUCUCUUCUGUUAUUUAUAUCUUCACUGGCAUUGUUUUUUGAUUUAUUGAGAGAAAUAACUGGGCGCUGUUUGGAGCAGAGGAAGAGCAGGAGGGCGGACGAGGAGCGUUUCUUAUUUAUAACUUAUUGUGUCAUUGUUGAUUUCAUCAGAAUAAAACAGAAUGAAUGAUGUAUCUGUGGAAAUUUAGAAAAAUUAGUUUACACACUGACAACUCUCUUUCUUUGUUGAUUUCAUAAUAUAACUUAAUGCACAUAAUGACAGUGUGAGGCCAUGUAUAUGUGGCGACGUAUCUAUGCACAACUCUUCAGCAGGUUACCAAAGGAUUAAACAGAAAAUAUCCACUUGUACAUUUCACUGAUAUCUCAUUUUCUGCAGGUUUUCAACUUCAGCUGAACUUUGAUCUUAACAAAGAGCAGCUAAGGUCGGAUUACUGGUGAAUAAACCACACAGGGGCCAUCACUUCACCCCAAUAUCUCUGUUUGCUCUGUUUUAUAGGUCAGGCUUUGUGUUCCUGCUCUGGCCCGUGACAUUAGUUCAAUCCACAGCUCGCUUAUAAAUGUGCCUAAUAACGAACUAAUUGAGGCUGGACGGCGCCGAGGAAAGCGAGUGCGAUGAGUGUGUUAAUGCUAAAUAAGCUGUUUUGCUCAAUGAAGAUCUGAAUGUGUUUCCCCGUUUCACUCAUUGUUUGCCUGCCAAAUCAUUUCUACUAUUAUAUUUGUAUUGUUAAAUAAAGAAAUGUACUUAAA